AUGUCUGCACCUGACUCCCCCUCUGCAUUCUCGGGGAGUGUGGAGAACGGGACUUUCCUCCAGCUGUUUCCCACAUCCCUGUCCACAUCGGUGGACCCGUCCUCGGGCCACCUGUCAAAUGUCUACAUCUAUGUGUCCAUAUUCCUCAGCCUGUUAGCCUUCCUGCUCCUGCUUUUAAUCAUCGCCCUCCAGAGGCUCAAAAAUAUCAUCUCCUCCAGUUCCUCCUACCCGGAGUAUCCAAGCGACGCUGGGAGUUCUUUCACCAACUUGGAAGUCUGCAGUAUUUCCUCGCAAAGGUCCACUUUUUCGAACCUUUCCUCCUGA